AUGGGGCUUAGGGUGAAUCAUGAACGUGACAGUGGUUGGGAUAAUCUUUCUUCUUUAGAUUUCUGUUGGGGAAUCAUCAAAUUCUGCACCACCAACAUCGGAAAAAAAAAGUCAAGCAAAAUAUCUUAUUGUGAAACUGAAUGUGAAACUGAAACUAGAACUGCAAUUCCUGAUGUUGCAUCCAUCACCGCAUUCAUGAACCAAGUUGCAGGACUUGUUGAGCUAGUGGAUUUGAGAGAUAUAAUGGAGUUGUAG